GUUUUGCAAGUAUGUGAUUUCAUUGAAGUGCAAGUGUGUGAUUUUGUUGAAGUGCAAGUGUGUAGUUAUAUUGAAGUGCAAAUAUGUAGUUUUGUUAAAAUGCAAAUAUAUAGUUUUGUUAAAGUGCAGGUUUUGCAAGUGUAUGAUUUUGUUGAAGUGCAAGUGUGUGAUUUUGUUGAAGUACAAGUGUGUAGUUAUAUUGAAGUACAAGUGUGUGGUUUUAUUGAAGUGCAG